UACAAAGGACAUAAAAACAUUUCAGUAGACAUUAUAAAAAUGUUAUGCAAAUGCCCGUCUGUACAGUUAGGCUUUAAAAAGCUUUUUAAACUGAGGCACUGACUCAGCUGAUCUGAUGCUGAGGGGGAGUUUGUUCCACGGCGUUGGAGCUAAAACAGUAAAGACAUGAUCCCCCUUUGAUUUAAGCCUGGACCUUGGAACUUUAGCAACAUUUUGUUAUCUGAUCUGUGCAGAAUAAAGGGUUAAGAGUUCUGAAAUGUAAAGCGAAGCCAGAUCAUAUGUCAACAGAAUUCCUUUGUGAAACAGGUCUCCUCAGUCAAAGGUGAUUUUUACGUGCUGUUGCUGUCCUGAAAGAUCACAAAUCACAAUUGGUCCACACAGUCUCAUUUGAGGAGCAAGAGAAUGGCGGUGAGAUGUCUUCAGACAGAAGUCCACAGAACUUGACAUCAUGCAGGACGAGACCCCCUGGGAGCUCCACUACCAAGGGAACUCUUUCACAAGUGGAAGUGACCAAGCGGAACCAAGGAACAGGUAUUUAACCAGGGAUGUCUUGAUGUUGAAAGUCAAGUCACCUCCGGAGAAUCAUGUUGUUGAAGAGCAGGCUCAACAGUUUCUUCAUCACCAUUCUCAGCUUCAUCUUCAUCCUCCUUCUGUUUGUACGGGGCAGUCAUCAACGAAGAAUGUAUGUUCAUCAGACACAAAAAAAGACCUGGUCUGAAGCCCAAAGGUACUGUCGGGAGAACCAUAUUGACCUGGCCACCUUUAGAAACCAGGUGGAAUUAAACAUAACAUCUGGGACUUGCAAUUUCACAUCAAAAUGUUGGAUUGGUCUCCAUAGAGCCAAAAAUGAUGUCUGGAAUUGGUCUAACGGAGAGAAAACCAGAUUUACAUCUUGGAGUGACAACUUCAAUCUACUUAACUAUAACCGAAAUGAGAAUUGUGUUGUUACAGCAGAUGGAUUUUUGUAUAAUUGGCAAUGUGAUCGUCCACAUGCAUUUCUGUGUUAUAAAGAUGAUCUGGUCUUAGUAAAAGAGAACAAGACAUGGGAGGAGGCUCUGGAACACUGCAGGACUCUUGACACUGAUCCCAGUUCAAACAACAUGAACUAUGACCUCCCACAUAUGCACUUCAGUGGCUCAAACUGGGAUGCCGGAAAAAUUAUUCAAGAUGCUCAAACAGAAGAGGUGUGGAUUGGUCUCCGUUACCUGGCAGGAUGCUGGCUGUGGGUGAACAGGAAACCUCUACGGGGACAAUGGCCUGCCUGCCCUGCAACAGGGAUGUACUGUGGGACAAUGUCAAAGAUGGGGGAUCUUUUGGAUGUUUGGAGAGAAGGAAUUUUUUUUGCUCACCCACAAACUAGACUGUAUGUACUUGAAGGCCUGCAUAUGUAGAUGUGUUUUAUCACUACACUUAACAUUUUUACUUUUACUCUGUAUUUCUGAUUGUUUUGGAAGAAGUGUAGAUAGAGCAUUUAUGAAUUAGAGAAAUGUGACUUUUCUGGAUCCAAGAAUGUCAAAGAUAGUCAUGUCAAAUCAGACAAUAAUAUUUUGGUGGUAAUUUCUAUAGUGCUAUAUAGAUAUAGACAUAUAAAACUGAAAUACAUAUUUACAGUUGUAGAAUUAUUGAAUAUUUGAAAUUACAGAACAUGGGUUAUAAUUUUCACACUAAACUGAAUGCAAAUUUGUUCAUUAUGAUGCUGACCCUCUCCAUCCAAACAAAAAUUCUUUUCAUUAUA